AUGCUCUCGACUCUACGGCAUGGCGGUCUGCUGGUAACCGCCGGUCUGCUGGUAACCGGCACGCCUCUCCCCAUGCCGCUCUCCCCAUGCCGCUCUCCCCAUGCCGCUCUCCCCAUGCCGCUCUCCCCAUGCCGCUCUCCCCAUGCCGCUCUCCCCAUGCCGCUCUCCCCAUGCUGCUCUUCCCCCCCCUCCCCCUCUUCUCCCCAUGCUGCUCUCCCCCCCCCCCACCCCCUCUUCUCCCCAUGCUGCUCUCUCCCCCCCACCCCCUCUUCUCCCCAUGCUGCUCUCCCCCCCCCCCACCCCCCUCUUCUCCCCAUGCUGCUCUCCCCCCCCCCACCCCCUCUUCUCCCCAUGCUGCUCUCCCCCCCCCCCACCCCCUCUUCUCCCCAUGCUGCUCUCCCCCCCCCACCCCCUCUUCUCCCCAUGCUGCUCUCCCCCCCCCCCACCCCCUCCUCUCCCCAUGCUGCUCGUCCCUUCUCUCAACCCACACUCCUUCCCUCACAGGGUUUCACAGUGAUAGCGGAUCUGCUGGUAACCUCUAGUGCAGGGUUCACAGUGAUAGCCGGUCUGGUGGUAACCGCCAUAGUGCAGUAUGCUCUCGACGGCACACCUCCCUCCCUCUUUGUGUGGCUGGCCCUCCCCCUCACCGUCCUUAGCACCUACCUCUACUCCUCCUCCGCUGCUCCCUCUCCUGCUGCUGCGACUAAGAAGAGCAAGGAGCUCUAA